GCAGGGCUGGAGAGCCGGCUCUACUCCCAGUGAGCUGAGCUUCUGCUGAGUGAACUCUGGAGUCUGGAGCUUCAGCCACAUCUCCACAGCUGAAUCAGUAGUGAGUCGGGUCUGGAACAGUGAGGAUGGCGAGCUCCUUCACUAAACUGCUGAGCGGCCGGAACACCAGCCUGCUGCUGGCCAGCCUGGGCGCUGGAACCAUCGCUGCCGGGUACCUCCUGAGAGAGAACGCCAGGAUCUCAGCGGAGGAGAGGAGGAAACUCUACCCCCCCAGCGCCGAUUACCCUGAUCUGAGAAAGCACAAUAACUGCAUGGCGAGCGCUCUGACCCCCGCCAUCUACGCCAAGCUGAGGGACAGAGUCACCUCCAACAACUGGACCAUCGACCAGUGCAUCCAGACCGGCGUGGACAACCCCGGACACCCCUUCAUCAAGACAGUGGGCAUGGUCGCGGGCGACGAGGAAAGCUACGAGUUGUUUGCUGAGCUUUUUGAUCCCGUGAUUAAAGACAGACACAACGGCUACGACCCGAGAACCAUGAAGCACCCCACCGACCUGGACGCCUCCAAGAUCUCCUCCGGUGUCUUUGAUGAGCGCUACGUUUUGUCGUCCCGGGUUCGUACGGGCCGCAGUAUCAGGGGUCUGAGCCUCCCCCCGGCCUGCUCGCGCUCGGAGCGCCGGGAGGUGGAGAAGGUGGCGGUUCAGGCCCUGUCCGGACUCAGAGGAGACCUGGCCGGGCGAUACUACAGCCUGAGUGAGAUGACGGAGCUGGAGCAGCAGAGGCUGAUCGACGAACACUUCCUGUUCGAUAAGCCCGUCUCCCCCCUGCUGACGGCGGCCGGCAUGGCGAGGGACUGGCCCGAUGCUCGCGGGAUCUGGCACAACAACGACAAGAACUUCUUGAUAUGGAUUAAUGAGGAGGAUCACACCCGUAUCAUCUCCAUGGAGAAAGGAGGCAACAUGAAGAGAGUGUUCGAGAGAUUCUGCAGAGGACUCAAACAGGUGGAGCACUUGAUUCAGGAGAGGGGCUGGGAGUUCAUGUGGAACGAGCGGCUGGGAUACAUCCUCACCUGCCCGUCCAACCUGGGCACCGGCCUGAGAGCCGGAGUUCACAUCCGCUUACCAAAGCUGGGCAAGGAUCCUCGCUUCAAUAAGAUCCUGGAUAACCUGAGGCUGCAGAAGCGCGGGACAGGGGGAGUGGACACGGCCGCUGUGGGCGACGUAUUCGACAUCUCAAACAACGACCGUCUGGGAAGAUCUGAGGUGGAGCUGGUGCAGAUGGUUAUUGACGGUGUUAAUUAUCUAAUCGAGUGUGAGAAGAGGCUGGAGAAGGGUCAGGACAUCAAGAUUCCUGCCCCCCUCCCUCAAUUCAGGAAGUGAGGUGUUGUGACCUACACCCAUCAAACUUUAACUUACCUAAACCUCAAUAAAAUGAGCCCUAAAACUA